GUGUAUUGAAUUUUUUUUACCGCCCCCAAAAACGUAAGCCGCUGACCUUAAUGACCCAAGGCAUUUUCGCGGUCGUUUUUAGUGAAGUAUCACAGGGGGCAUUCAAUCAGUUGGACACGUACCGCGUAGUACACACACAAGACCUGGACAGCGUCGCGAAUGAAUAGUUUGAUACGAAUACUAGUUUAGGACAAGAGAAGUUUAACUUUUGCGAAAUAUUUAAACGACCAACGAUGUCUUCCACUGGUGGAAGUAGUAUGAAUUAUUUAGAAGCGAGUUCUCCAUACAAUGGUUGUACUGGUAGCCUUCGCAGUUGCAACUCGACCUCGUCACUGUAUCCGCCGUCUUUUAGUGGUUCCGAACAAGUUUACAUCAACGAUGCCUAUGAUUAUGGAGAGAGCAGCGGUGUAAGUUCCUGUUCAAGUCACGAUUACGAAGAUUUACAAAGUGUCAGAACAGAGGCUAAAAGCAUUUCUGGUCCGAGAAAAAAGACAAACGAGCUUUACGAAUCAACAGGAAACUCGAACCCCAGAAAGAAGAUAAAUGAUGUCUAUGAGCCUAGUAGGCCACGGCGCGAGAGACAAAUAACUGAAUGUUCAGACAUUUCAACUGCCUCGUCUACUUUGAGUGACGCUCUCCCAUCCAAACAUGAUACCUGCCUCAGCAAACUGAUCCUUUUUCUUAUUCUUGCGAUCUCUGUGUCUUCAUUGAUUUUAGUUGGUCUUCUUAUGACUGGCAAAGUUUGUCCUAAUUGUGGAUGCUCACAAGGUAUGUCCUUCUUGGAGGAGUCUUAUUAAGUUAUUGAUAGACAGUGUAUUUUCACACAUAUUAUUUUCGAAAGUACUAUUCUUUAGUCCAAAAGAAAUCCUAAAAAAGAAUCGCACGUUUGCGUGUAAUCAUGCUUUGUUAUGCUCUGUGAUCUUAAAGCAAUCUGCGGUUCCAAUUUCAUUGAAGUGCAUACUAACACGUACAAAGUUGUUCUGCGUAGUGUCAAGACUCUGGUGUUAUGAUUUAUAUCCAAGCUUGGUUGAAGUCUGAAAUGAAUGGCUCAGUAGUCCGCGUGAAUUUACUCAUCCAUUCAUGAACUUAUUCAUUGAUUCGUUGAUUCAUUCAUUCAGAAGGAAUUCGCAAAUGUCAAUAACGUGCAAGGGAUGCUAUUUGCGAUAGCAAGCCACCGGAAGUAUUUGAUGAAAUGGAACCAACAUUCUCACGAAUUGCCUUAGAACGGAUAAAAGAAAGAAAUAACAGAAUUUUAAUUUCAAAUUACUUACUGUGUUAAUCACUGCGCCGUCUAAAAGUAAACCUCCUUUCUCCUUCUUCCUUUGCCCAUCUUCUAGAUGAAAAUUGCCUCAUCCGAAGCUUUUCAAUCUUGUGAAUCGUCUCGUUACUACAUGGGAAUCUGAAUUGUAAAAUUCUAUUUGUACUUUUUCAAAUGCUUUGUUUAAUCCGUGCUUCAAAGACGAGCAAAAUGGAAUCUUUUGGGCAUGUAAAAGGGGAGUUGGUCUUCAAGGUCCUGACACUUAAAAUUCUGUUACGUCAAGGGAAGCUAAUUGGUCGGUAAUAUAUUGAGUAUGGACUAUAAUUCUUGUUAACGUGAAAAGAGAAAGUAUUUGGUAUCUAGAAAUCCAUUGAAAAUCAAGAGAAAAAUCCAUUAUUUAUCAGAUAUCGUGAUCCUACUGAGUAAAAGAAAUGACCCGUCGAUUUUUUUCGCAACGAGGUCACAUGUUUAGAAUAUAUGUUAUGACCGCAUCCGCCGAUCACUUGCAAGCACUCCGGGAAACUUCAAACACCUCGGCUUGGGUGGCGUUCUAUUUCUGACGCUAUGUCCGUGCCAUUUUUUUGCCACACAAAGACCUUUUUACUGUGGUUAAUCAGAGAUUGUUUACAGUAGGAUUAGAGUAUUUAUUUAUUCUCCCUGUCGACCUAAUAACAGGUUUUUUGGCAUGAAUAAAUGAUUUUAAUCAUUUUUCCUUCUAUCUUACUAGUAGAUGUCUGCAUACUUUUGUUUAUCAGCGAUUUAUUAUUAAGUCGGUCGUUAAUUUUUUUGGCGGCAAAGUUUUGGCGGGAAUGUCGUGCACGUUGUGACUGUGUGAAUGAUUUGGAAAGUUAAUUAUGUUGUUAAUUUUACUGAUGUCAGUUGUUUUUAGUGUCCUCAAACUUUUUUGCGCUCCAUUUCCAAAGAGAAUCUUAACGAACUGCUCGUCGUGUUGUUUUGUUUUUUGACUGUAAAGAGUGACUCUGUUUUCAAGUGUUGAACAGGUUUAGUUACUCUCAUUACACAUAGAUGCUUACAUCUCACACGCAAAUUUCCGAGUUUCCCUGAAAGCGUUUUCCGGGGUCCUGUGGGUUGGAAUGGAGAAUGUUUAUUGUAGCAUUUCUGGUAUUGAUUUCACUCAACAGAGAAGAAUCUUCCCGCCCCAGUCGCUGGAGGUAGUGUAUCCGUCCAAAGUCUGUUGAGGCAAAUUGAAGUCUUGAAAAGUGAUCUGCAGAGAAUGCAACAAAAAAUGGUAAAGCUCUUUUCGUAGAAAUUCUUUUAACAAGCACCUUCACUGGGUGGAGAGGAUGGCGGGGAAAGUAAAGCACAUAAGAUGUAAUUCAAACCCACAGAAUGCAACAGUAUUCUGUUUCUAGUAAAUACGAAUCGUGUGUGGCCUGGCGUCUGUCUGCAUACCGUUGAAAACUAAUCAAAAAGCCGAAAGGAGAGUUGUCAUUAACCUUGUUGUAAAUUGCAAGUAGCGUAACUAGUUCUUUACACUGGGUCUCUUGUAAACGGCGACUUUGAACACAGGCCGACCAGCCUUUUUUACGUGUGGUUCUCGUCGUUUACUUCUACCCCCGGUCGAAUGACUACAUUGCAAAAUAAGAAAAAAAUCUUCUUAAUUGAUUUCAUGAACGGCAACAGCUACACUCAUAAAGGUUGGUCUGCCUGUGGUUUGAAAUGUGGACUUGUAAAUGAGUCCUUCAGGCAUUCGUUCGUGAGUAUGCUAAGUUUUAAGUUAAAAACGUGACUGCAAAUUCGAGCUCAUUAAAUACCGUGUCCAAAUCCACUGCCGAUGGAAACUACCCUGUAAGCAGAAGCACUUCGAUUUUCUUAAGUAAGUCCUUUUCACGACUCAUCCUAGGAAGAUCGAAGGACCUUUGCUCGCUAGGUUGGUGGAAGCUGACAGCAAACGUCAGUAUAUUCUUAGGAUUUGCAACGCUUUUAUGAGCCAUCCGUCGGUUCAAUGUAAUACGAAAAAGUCGCAUUCUUAUAUGACAGCUUUCGGUACACUUGCAGUCUUCACAUCUAAUGGCGCCACUUGUUAGAAACAUCUUGUGUACCCUUUUUUGUAAAACUGUGAUAUUAUAAGUGCUAUUAUAGCUGUAAUAACUAAACUAUAAGAAAAACCCUUGUUUAUUAUAAUUUUUUUGACCCCCCCUUUGAGUUUUGUUGAUUUUUAUUUUGUAGGAUGAUGGAGAUAAAGCCGUGAAAAUUUUCUUUGCAAAGAAUGAAAACAAGGUUAGUUUCAUAUUUGGUUUAUCGUUAUCACUCUUGACCUCAGUGAAAAACAAACCAUUCUCGAAAUUUAAACUACGCUGGGAAAACGCAACUUCAGUACAAACUUCCACUUUGUUUAUAAAUAAACGGGAAUAUGACGGUUAACCAUGUAUAUGACCCUCUGGAAAUAUCAAGGCCCCCAGUAACAAUCAGUCGGCUCUGCUACACGCUUUGAAGUAAAGAACUGGUAGCAUUUCAAAUAGCUUUUGCCAAACUUGUUUUGGUUUAUCGUAAACGACCCUCUCCUUCUUGCCGGGUGUUGACGAUUUUUUGUUUUUAUAGGAAUAAUUCGCUGUAAAUCAAACUGGUUCAGCUUCUAGUGUGUUUCAUUUCAGUUAGAUUAAGUUAAAUCUGAAUUCUCUUUACCUUUCUUGAACUUUUUUUUUAACAGAUGGAAUUUCUUCAGACGCAACUUUCUGCACAAAAUAGGACUGUCAACGAAACAGCAGGCAAGGUAAGCAUUCCAACGCAGAGGUGCGACUUGCAGUAGCGAUACAGUUGCAUAGAUUAAAAAAGGGGGCAGGGAUGUUGAAACUGCCUGCUUUUGCCAAAGAUGUUCAAUGAACAUCAAGGGUUCUCACUUGGAAGCAAUUUUUGUUCCUUUGCUAUUUUUUGUUAUCAAUGAAUGUAAUCUACAUUCUCCCUCUGAUUUUCCUACAUUAUAUUUGUUUUAAGUGGCUUCAAAAUAGGUGAUUGAUUUUUGUUUAUAUUGUUACAGGUAGAAUUUCUUCAAGCGCAACUUUCUACACAACGUCUGAUUAUCAAUGAAACUGCAGACAAGGUAAGCGGUCAUAGAUCGUUAUCAGCGAUAAGCGCCCAAAUGAUGAUGAAGCAGAAUAUUUAUACUAGUGUAUUAACGUGGCAAAGGCUUACUUUGCGAACCAAAUUGAACACAAUUGACUUAUCCAAACUGAUUACGUAAUCACUUCUUUUUCAUUUCUAAUUGACAUAUCAGAUGGUGUCUGCUGUGAAUGGUGUGUGGGUAAACAUGUCCAGUGCCGACAAAACUAUGGAGAACAAGCUUGUCACUGGGCUCAAAGUGCUCAAAACAUCGAUAAAAUCCCUUAAUCAGAGCGAUGGCAAAUUAAUCUCAGAAGUGAAUGAGCUGACACGAAAUCAGAUGGAUACGAGAGGAAUGAACAAGAGACUGUGGCAGAAUGUAACACAGCUGGAAUCACGUGUCCAGGAACUAGGAAGAUCAACCCGGAAUAUAAGUAGAAGAGUUUGGAAUCUGAAGCGAGGCUACACCCAGAUGAACACUUUAAUGAAAAGAAUUCAAGCAGUUAACGAAGCACAGAACUUAUCACAUACAUCACUGCAGACCGUGGUCAAACGCUUGAAUGGUUCCCUGAUAAACGUUAAUGCAACAUUGUACAAUAAGGUAAGUUUUAAUGGCUGAUACGCCUUGUAACAGACUAACAACGCGUUUAUUCAUUCUGUCAUUCAUAUUUUCUUUCUUUCGUUAUUACGUUGUCAUUUGUAAAUUAUUUAAAGAGAAAUAUAUCACCAAAGAAUCAAACCAUGAUGUUUCUCGGUAGACGUUUUUGUUUCAACACAACUGCAGUGAAAUAUUAAAAGGUGCGUCUGGCAGGGAAUAUGUACACUAAUUAAAUUUGAACAAAAUGGAAAUUUUAAACUUUUGAGUAUGGUUGGAGUGCUUUUUUUGCAAAUUAUUCAGUGGAGGUGCUUGAAGUUAUAACUUAAAGUUGCCUUUUUGGUAAUUUUCUUUUUUUUCUUUUUUAAUGCUGAAGACGUCUGUUUCCAGUGCCGGCAAUGCAGGAAUAGAUAUCAGCAAAUGUAAGCUCGAGAGAAAAACUGGAGCACCAGGAUCGACAGGAUCGACCGAAGCGGAAAAAAAAACGGCUUACUCUGAAGCAGAUUACACCAAACAGACGGUAAGUACACACCUGCAUUGGCUUUCUGUGAAAUUCAGAGACUAUUGUUUGCGUUAUGAUGAGAAUAAAUAGGGUCACCUUUGAUUGCCCUCGUAUUGUUUCAUGGUGUUUUGCUCCUCAACCUCUUUAAAAUAACACGGUGUAUUUUCAUGGAAGAAUUAAGAUUAGAUGUCCAAUCUAGAUCUCAUGAUUUCGUUACUACGAAAAAAAAUGAGAAUUCAGAGAAUGGUUAUUAGACGAAAGACAUGGAAACUCAGAAACUGAAUUAUUCACCAAGACAACACCAGGUGGGAUUUCGUGGAAAGCGGACAGAACAUGGUGGAACUCUUGAUCACUUGUCAGAUGAUCUCCUCGACUGAUAGCUCAUUUAAUAUGCAAAAUAACCCUCUUUGGCCCACCAGCGGGGAGAAAACGAUAAAAUAUGAGCCACGACUAAUUUGUUCCUGUCCAUUUUAAUUUUCUUUGUGCUUAAUUUAACGAACGAUUCUUCUUUUCGCUUCUCUAACAGAAUAAACGCAUUAUGGGAAUGACAUGCUCUACAGAUUAUGCAAGAGAGUACAAGCUGAAGUAUUAUCCACAAAGAUCGUUGUACAAGUGUCAAUGUAAUGGCGUAUCCUUUGCUACGCCCAACGAAAAAACGAUAACAUGUUUCUUAUAUGUGUGGGAAUGUCCGAUGAGCUGAAUUGAUUGACCAGUCUAAGGGACGCUCACCGUUUCCACUUCCAAGAAUCAAGUCUCACCUGAAACCUGUCUUAAAAAUUGUGGAAAAGGACACCCACGCUCCUCCAUCCCGCUCACCGUGUCGCCCAGUGUCUCGGCCUCCACCUCUGCUAGUUUGUCAGCCAGUGUGACGACCACUGCCUGCGACAGUUUUGCUUUGUCAAAGCACGCUUAUGAUCGAAGUCAAGUUAAUUGGAAUUCAAAUUAUUUAGAAGCAGUCAAUUGAAACCUAUUUAAUGCGUAGUAUUGUAUUUUCAGCAACGAAGACAUUCCAAAAUCACUUCGUUUUUUACUUUUUUGUUACUAAAAGGCUUCAAUUUAAAAGUUUAAAUAAGUUAUUUCUUUGGGGGAGGUAUAUUGAUUUUAUUUUCUCAUGAAACUGAAAGGAAUAGCUAGGAUAAGGCAGCUGAUAAUCUCUUCAGAAUGGAGUAUAUAGUGCUUGUUUUUGUUUUUGUUUUUUCUUUUUCACUAUAUCAUACUUAAUUUCAAACAUAGGACGAACAUCCGUCCAUUCACAAGAAUUUGCCCGUUUUACAGAGAAAUUGACAAAAUGCCUUCAUCGACGAAGCUUCAUAGAGCGGAUCACAUGAAAAAAGUCGACGGUUCAACUUGAUCGAGAACAGAAGUAGCGAUGAAAAAAGAAAUUAUUUGAAAAAAGUGGCAUUUAAAAGGCCAUAUUUAAUAUUACCUCUUUGCCUAAUAAGGAAGUGUGGAGAGAUUUUAAUGUAGAUUAACGUUUAUUAAUAUGGGUAUACAUAAUCGUUAUUUCUCAUAAAUUUCUUAAUUUUACAGAAUAGCAUUGAUAACGACACAUAAUUCUUCAGUUUAAAUUAAAUCAUUAGUUCUGUGAUAUAUUCCUUUAUAAAUGGCUUAUAGUUACUUAAAUUUAGGAAUUUAUUUUUUUAAUGUAGCCUGCAUUCUUGAAAACUUUCGAACCAGUAUGUUGAUGUUUGGACAAAAUAGAAAGAGCACAAAUGUACUCGACAGCAACUCAUUAAUGUACAAUCAGUCAGAACUAGUUUAUGAGUAUUAUCGCUGGAAUUAAUUCACGGAUAUUUUCUUGUACAUAAGUUGAUAAUUGUCGAAAUUACUAUAUCAGCGUGAUUGUGAUAACAAAAAGUUUCGUCUUGGGAUAUUUGUAUCUGAUAUUCAGGAAUAUUAUCGUAGACUCAAAUUUGAUGUUAUUAUAAUUUGUACAGUUUACUUAACUAUUAAAAAUAAUACUUCCACAGUUUCUAUAUCUUCUAUCAAAUAAGUUUGGAUGUAAUAAUAGAUUUU